CCUUUCUACCAACCUAUUGUAAUAGUACUACAACUACAUUCGUCGUCUCGCAGCACUAGGUUCGCACCAGUCGAAUUAUUUGCUGCAUAAUUUUGUCAGCGAUCGCAGCAACAUCGAACGAACGAGCUCGCGGGCAACGAGGACGAAAAGUAGUACAGGGACAAAUAUAGGACUCCGCUGGGUCGUGCGCUGAAGCGAGGAGAAAAAGAUGUUACCCAGUGUGGGGGGCGGGAAGCCGCCCCCUCCGGAAUCCUCCCAAUCAAGCGGAGGAGCGAAGACUAGUGGUGUUGGCAACAAUAUUAAGGCCACUAGCGCUACAACAUCAAAACUUGGUGAUCUUCCGGGUUUCUCGACGACGAGCACAGCUGGGAGAAAAGCAAGUUCAACCACACACUUGCCUGCAGUUUCUGCCAGUAGUACAGGCAACGGCGCCAUCAAGUCGAGUUCUAGUGCGACAAAAGUUGUGGCCUCUAGUGGUGGAGAUGACUUCACAAGUGUCGUUCCUAGAGAAGAAAAGCAGGUACCGGUGUCUCCGACACAAAAGCCAAAUAGUGGAAGCUCCCCGAGGCAACGAAAUCGAAAAGGAAGUACCAAAUGCCAGCUUGAAAUAAAGGAGCUUGGAGGUGUCUCGACAGCCGCGACAUUAUCUUUAUCACCUGGGCCGACAGGGGCGGCUGGUCCUGGUACAACUACAGAUGGAGAGAAAAAUACAGUGGCGAAGCUUGGAUCUGGUGAACAAGGCCAGAUGAAGAAUCCUCCGAAUUUGGAAUUGGAGGAAAAGGCAGAAGCACGAAGCUCAUCUGGCGAAAAACCUAUUCCGACUCUCUUGCAAACGCAAAACGAUGCGAAGAGCUUAGCGGGUGCUGAGGAUAUUGAUAUGGUCGGUCUGAAGAGUUCUUGUAGAGAAGAAGACAAGAAUGUGAAAGCCAAGUACGAGGAUGACCCGGCGGUCACGACUUCUAGGGAUGAUAAAUCACAGAAUCUUUAUAGAAAUGAUCUUCAAGCACAAGCAGCAGACGGUCCAGGCGGAGCGUCGUUUACUGAUAUAUUAUCUGGUAAUAUGGAGGUUGGCUCCUUGCUGCAAUCCACGAACGAUAACAACGAAAGCAAAGCGCAUGAUCGCACCAGCGUCGACAGCAACAAGGUCAAGGAUGGCAAAAUAACGUCACCAACGACACCGUCUUCCGCGAUGAAUAAACUUACGGAUUUCACUAAACUCCACUAAUGCUACUAAACUCCACUAAUGCUGCAAGUCCAUGAUUUUGUUGGAAUGAUAUUUACUUACUCUCUUAUCUUGUUUUCAGUAGAAUAACUCGUAUUCAAUCGAGUUCUUCGAGACGCUUUCAAUUGAAAAAGGGAAAUAGUAAAAGGCAGAAGUGCAUCGAAAGAUGGAUUGAUCAACAUCCUUGAAGGCUGCUCUAACAAACGAGUGAAACUGGCAGAUGACGAAAAGGAGGACGAGAACGCCCCCAUUGAAGUGCCAUUUCACAGAGAAGUGACUCCUGUGGCAAAUGCGGUCUCGUCUUCAUCAAGAUCGGGAACGAGCUCAGCGCUCCUCAAUUUAUGUCGUCGCUCGGCGUAGUACACAUGUGCCUAAUACAUCAAAAGGGUAGAUUGUAGUGGUGAUCAGUGAAAAAUCGAAAUCCUCAUUUUCAUGAUUACAUCAUGAUAUCCGUAUCUUCCCCAGCCCCGACCGCCCCAUAAGCUUAAAAAAUACAUCAACAUCCUCAUCCCCUCUGCAACUAUGAAGGAGAUGUGGCGCUGCUGUGCAUUUCAUCUUGGUAACCUCUACGUUCUCUCUCGCCCCCUUCAUAUUCUAGCCUGCAAUGCGUGAGCGGUGAUGAUAUGGAUGGUAUGGGGGGAAGCAGUCGAAGUAUUAUACGUCCUGGGUCGCCAAGCGAGGACGAUUCGUCGAGCGUUCCCGCAACCACCAGUAUUUCGUUCUGCGGUGUCGUGCAGUCAUCAUCCCACGGGGGACAGUCGUCAUAUUUAAGCCAGCAUCGAAAAUCGGCAGCAGCGGGCUCUCCAACAGGAAUUUUGACGAGCAACAAGCUGCCUUCAGCGUCCGUCUCGCCACCCAGUCGCGUGUCGAAAGUGCAGCUCUCGCCAACGCCCAGCAUGAUUCCAGCAACAAGACACAGGUCUGAUUCAGAAUGUAUGUAUAUUAGGGAACGAUCGAGUGCUCAUCUUGAUCUUUUUAUCGUCGACGUGACUGUGUUUUCUGCUUUAUUCAUACCUUGGACAUCUUCAGGCUUUAGUUGUACAACUGCAAAACUGAUGCUGGAAUAUGGAGCAAAAGAUGUAAUUCAUGGCCACUCCGAUACAUCAUUAUCACAGCAUGUCGGCUGCGUAUCAAACAGAUCAUAGUGGAAGCAUAAAGUUUGCAGGAGGAGGCAGAAAAAGUGUGCGUGAAGCAAAAAGGAAAACCAUUUAUGAAGGGUCUAGAAAAAAUUAUAUGUAACACGUGCUGGGAGCUCUGGGCUGCAAGUGGUGCUCAUGGCCCAGAGCCCUGACCACAUGCACAUCCCUCAUUCUCAUCGCUUAACAUAAAGAAUUACUACCAUUAACUUCCUCCUCCUCACUCCAGUGUGUGCGUUUAUGAUUAGCUUAUUUAACUGCGGGGUUUGUGAAGUUAAUCGACCUACAAUCUAAUCCAAUCAUCAUUAUAUAUAAAUAAGUAAUUUGAUUUUAAAGUAGGUACGCAUUCGCGCAGGGAACCAAAUUGCAAACUAUUCUAGUGUGCAUAAGUGUUUGCUAACGAUGCUUUGUCGCUCUUCUUCUAGCUUCAUACAAUCAGUGGCGCCUCUUCAGACGUGAAGGAUAUGCUUUCGGCACCGACAAAGAAACAUAAGCAGAGUGUCGUAGUCCAGCUUGACCAUGCUGUGCAGUUGGUCGAUUUAGAAGAAAAGGACAUUCAAAUGUGCGACCUUGUCAGAGAUCAAGAAAGGUAUCUCUCUCUAAGUGUAAUGCUAAUGGUUGUAGUAUGCUGUAUUUAAUUGCGUAGUUGCCGUCGUGCUGCUCCACGUACUACAGAUCGACUAAGUAAAAGAAAAGAUUUUUUCUCCGACUUUGACAUCUUCAAGUACGAACAACACAAAACAAUUUAUUGCUCAGGCGCACGCAGCUUCUCGCGGUGUGUCCUGGCUUAAAACAGACGCUGGAGCAUGUAGAGCAGGGUCUCGAGCACACGAUCGAGUCCGCUGUUCGUGUGGCGGAAUUGCGACCGCAAUUAAUCAAUUGGCUAGUGCAUAUGAUCAAUAGGGUUGCGGGAAAUGAGGUAUUAACGCUGAGUCUUUGAUACUAGAUUCAGUCACUUUCUACGACUUAUAUUUGAUGAAGUAAAUUCAAUUUCAACAUCAACUUCCUCGUGAAGUAUUGGCGCUCAAUACGAAUGGUCAACAAAUAGUCUCCCCAAGUCUCGAAAUUCAUUGAUCAGGGUAACGAACGUAGUGCCUUAGACUCAAAUGAGUCUAGUUUAAUCCGACGGAGCAAGCUGCUCCUCGGGCGUGAGCGGUAUGACAACCCCGCCCUCCCCCGUCCUUCAGUCUAGCUUCAGGGUUUUCAUGAUAGGCGUUAGUCAUCUUCGUGACUCGCUUUUAAUACCAUAGCUACUUCAUCCCCUUUCACUAGCCUUUUAUAUGGUCCGAAAGUAUGGAUUAGCCAUAGCCUCUUGUGUAAAGUUCGUGGUAUAGGUCCUUGUUCGCGGCUGCAGCCUUAGCUAACUUGGCUUAUCCAAGUAGUUGGCCAUGCUAGUAUGCAAAUCUUCCUUUGAUGAGGUUGCGGUCUACUCUUUCUGACGAGUAGAGCUUGUAAACAGGGUCGUAGAUACUAAACAGGCCUUUGUGCCGUUUUCCCAGGAUCUAGUUGUGCUCUUGAUCGGUGAAUAUUGGGACUUUUAUGAAGGCUGGCCAGGUUCUUUGGCCAUAAAUAUUAUUCAAGUUCAAACUGUUCUUAUUUGUUAUGACUGGCGUCUUUUUUUUGUUUCUCCUGAAGCUGUAGCUGCUUUCGGUGGAUACUAGAUUAUGGAACGUCCGAUGGCCGUGGGGAGUCAAGAACGUGCGCGUAGUAAAUAUCAGGUAACUCAGCCUGGACGAUUUCUCUCGCACAACCAUGGCGGCCGAAAUUCAACAGUGUCGGACCUGGCUUCUGAUUAUUCCGAUUCGGUGCCUUCCGAACUAGACCUCUUCGAAGACCGCGAAAGAAUGAGCCGUGUCGAGAAAAUGCUGCCGUCAGUUUUAUGGUCCGUGACAUCUAUGAGUAAGUACUGACCUAUCAGUAUGACACCUCAUACUGAGUUGAACAUGUAGUAGUACCACGGGUUGAACAUGUACAUGAUUAAAACUGAGUGGUCUAUUCGAAACUUCUACACUUCUACUUCACAAAUGGGAGACUGUUGUUGCUUCACUUUGAUGAUCAUUCUGUACUUUUACAACAUCUACUACAAAAACAACUACAACGUGGUGCUGCCCCUAUUUUUCGUUGCUUCUAUCUUCUCUGCUUCAUUCUUCCGUUCUGUGCAUGAGGAGUUGCGGCGGAAGAGCAGCACGAGGCGGGAAACCGCAACGAAGUUAGUUGAAUUUCAUGUAUUACUGCGCACUUGGGUCGGCGACAUGCUGGAGCGCCUUGUACAGGAACGGGAGAAUCUCGCGGCGACGUGAUGAAAAAUAGUCGACAGAACGAAGCCAAUUUGAUGAUUACGAUCGGAAGUAGAAGUAGACCUUGUUGAUGAAGGAGAUAGACUUGGACAUUGUGAAAUUGAAUGGGGAUAAACGGCGAACGAGCUUCUCGUCCGACACUUGCUGCUGCGUCUGAUUUGUCCUGGUGCAGGUACGAACAUAUUUUCCGAAAAACUACUUCUCCUUCUAACUAUUAACGCGUGUCAGCAGCACUCAGUAAAGUUCGACCUCGAAUCAAAUUUAUAUAAAGCAAAAAAAAUGUAAAUGGCGACUCUCUUGUAUAGUGCGCUCUAUACUCGUACCUCUUGCGGUAGGAGUAAGUUCUGAAUUCUAGGCUCAGAAAGAUUGUGUUUGUUUGAGAAGAUAUAGCGUCCUUUUGUCUUCCACGUCGGUCCACCUCAUUAUAGUAAAUAUCACGCAUUUCAUCUUCUCUGUAAAUCAUCGGAAGAUGAGUAGAUGAAGUAGAACUUAACGCUAACGAAGAACUCUAGUUGUUUUUCUUCGUCGAGUUUAUUUCAAGUCCAGUAAAACAAGCAAGCAAAUGCAAUGAAAACGAAAAAGUCGCUUUGUGAAAUUAUAAGAAGUCAAAGUCAAAUUUCGGAAAGCUAAAGUAUGCGUCAAAGUCAUUUCGUUAAAAAGAAGACAAACUUUAGUUGACCGACACUGAGAUGGAGUUGCAAAUCGUGGUAUCUAAGAAGUAAAUUUUGUGCAGACCAACAAGGCCAUCUGGGCAGCUACUAGCAGUUGAUUUACUUAGCUCUAAUAGACUAGCGAUGUUGUCGAAGCACAAGAAGAGGAUCAUUAUCUAUCAUUUAAUGUAUGAAUAGUUCUGGUACUGGUUGUAGGUUGUACCGACUCGACGUCAUCUAGUGGUUUGAUAAUCGCAGCUUAGUUUUAGCAUUGAUGUAAAGACGUCAUUUUUCAUCGAUGGGCUCACCAUGUGCUGCAGUAUCUAAUAUGUCAUGCUUGUCAAACACAUUGAUUCUACAGCGUAAAAGUAUGCUCAUACUUGUGCCGCGCUUUAUUUAUUCCUACGUCGAUUCGUUUUCGUCCUCUGAGAAUCUAAUCAUUGGACGUGAUCAGAAACGCUCUCAGCUUCCAGCCUCUGCAUGAUAGAUCAAUAUGAAGAGCGAAUACUAGUAGCGGGCUUUCCUUUUUGUUUUUCGAUGCUCUCCCCUUGUUGUCGAAUACAGCUAAAGUUACUUGGAUAUUCCGACCUGACAAGGACAAUAAUUCUGACAAACAGGGGUUAUGGUUAUGCGGAGCAGAGUAGUACGUCAGAGCGAGGCUUUUCGUUUUCGCUUUGCGCAGGUUGCAAG